GGGCGCAAACGGAGUAAAUGCAAAGCCAUUUUGAAUGUUUCCCUUCAAUACAAGAUGGCGGCUUGGACUCGGGUCACAGGGAAGAAACGGACGCGACAAUUUGGCGUUACUAUGGGUUCAGGUAUACUUGUUUGUCAACGAGUGGGAAAGAGCCUCAAAAAGAAACUCAAAUUUCCUGUCACAUGUGGAAGUAAAGAAGGCAUCCUCCACAAAGAUAGGUAUAAGAGAGGUGAGCCGUGCAUCUUGUCUGAUGGUCAGUGGUUCACCCCUAAUGAUUUCGAGAAGUUUGGAGGAAAGGAGAAGAACAAAAAGUGGAAGAUUAGCAUCAUGUACAGUCAGGUUCCCCUGCUAACCUUCAUACAGGAAGGCUUCCUGUCCUCUCCAUCGUUUAAAAUAAAGCGUCUACAGGAUCAGGAGCCAGAGUGCGGGAAGAAGCUGAUUAGGACCAGAAGCAACACAAAGCAUGAGAAAAACAGUGUGGUGUCCACAGUCAUGCCCGAGGAAGAUUCUCUGGUCAUUAAGAGAGUGUUCAGAGGUGACACUUUUGAAGUCAGUUGUUUCAGAGGGCAAGGGGUUCUGCAUGUAUCCCGCUUUGCUACAGAGACUUGUGGAAAAUGCAUCAGGACGCAGGACGCCUGGCUCACCCCCAAGGACUUCCUCAACCAGAACAAAGCCGAAGGACACUGGAGACUGGACAUCACAAGCCGCAGUUAUAGCCUUGGAAAGCUCAUAAUGUCUCGAGUGUUGGAGCCCCACAUGGUCAACUGCAAGUGUCCAAUCUGCACAGAAGAUCCUCUACAUCUGCUGGAUCAGAAGAAUGAUGAUGUGUGCUUUAAGUGCAAGCAUGAUGGAGAUCUGGUGUGCUGUGAAAAAUGUCCACGUUCCUUCCAUCAUCACUGCCACAAACCGGUUUUGGAGGACGACAUGAUCGGUGAUCACUGGACCUGUUGCUACUGCAAGGCCGUUACAGCUAAAAGAAACAGGAGCUCCUGACCCGUCCUGAAUGUUUAAACACAGUUGUUGUACUGCCAGAGAGCAGAGAGUUAUUCACUCACAUUUUUAUACUGUGUGUGUGAGUGUGAGUGUGAGUGUGUGAGUGAGGGUGUGUGUGUGUGAGUGAGGGUGUGUGUGUGUGAGUGAGGGUGUGUGUGUGUGAGUGAGGGUGUGUGUGUGUGAGUGAGGGUGUGUGUGUGUGA